AUGGGUUCUGGAUAUUGGUUUAAGGCAUUAAUCGGCUUAAAGAAAUCCAAGGAUGGCAGUUCAAAACGAUUGAAGGGACCUUCAGUUAAUGGAAAAUCAAAUUCCAUAAAAUUGAAAAAGUCUAGUUUUGCAAAUGGUAAAAAUCUUGGAUUGCCAGAUGAGGAAAUAGCUGCAAUUCGAAUUCAGACUGCUUUCCGUGCAUAUGUGGCUAGGAAAGCUUUACGCCGCUUGAAAGGGAUUGUUCGAUUGCAAAUACUGACCCAAGCUUAUCCUGUUACAAAGCAAGCCACAACUACAUUGAGCUAUCUUCAUUCAUGGAGCAGAAUACAGGAUGAGAUUAGAGCUCGUCGACUCUAUAUGGUAACGGAAGGACGGAUCAAACAGAAGAAAUUAGAGAAUCAACAUAAACUUGAGGCGAAGCUUCAUGACAUAGAGGCAGAAUGGUGUGGUGGAUCUGAAACAAUGGAUGAAAUUCUUGCAAGGAUAUAUCAAAGAGAAGAAGCAGCAGUUAAGCGUGAGCGGGCUAUGGCAUAUGCCUUUUCUCAUCAGUGGAGGGCCAACUGUAGUCAGAGCCAAGGAUUGGGUAAUUAUGAACUUGGCAAAGCUAAUUGGGGUUGGAGCUGGAAAGAACGAUGGAUUGCUGCUCGUCCAUGGGAAAGCCGUGUGCAGUCACCUAGCCCAAAGAAAGUACCGAGUAAGCAAGCUAGCAAGGUUGGUAAAAACACAAAUUCACCAACGCCAAAAACUCCAGUUUCAGUCAAGCCCCCUUCAUCAAAUGGUAAGGGAACUACAAGGGCUCGGAGAUUGUCUUACACAGCAGAUGAAGUAAAACCGGUUGCACGUGCAGAGGGCAUUAAAACUGAAGAGAGGAACACUCAGAAAUAA